GAGAGAGAGAGACACCCUCUAUCGGAGAAGAUAGCGAGCUACCUCGCUCUUCUCUGUUUGACUAAAGGCUUAAGGCUCCUCCUGGAAAUCUCUUGAAAGUCGGAGCGUGGUCGCGCGCGGAGUCGGUCACACAGGUAUUCUAGAGCAGCGCAGCGCUACACCGGUUGAAACACCGGCACCGGUACGGACGUGAAAGGCAAAAUCCCCCGGCGGACGGGAGGCGACACCUGUGAGGAGUUUCGUGUUACCGAACCCCGUGUCUGGGGCGAAGCUCCGUGCCUUCUCGGAGAGAGAUGGAUAAACUUCUGGCUUGUUUCUUCACGGCUGUCAGUUUGCUGGUUUCGGUCCGGGGGCAAGUGUUCAAAGGUGAUUGUGAAUUUGAGCGUCCCUACACCUCCUGCGGCUACAGCCAGGGCCGAGAUGACGACCUGGACUGGGAACAGGCCAACACAGUGGACAAGCCGCCCACAGACCAGUGGAUGCCCAACGGUGCUGCGUUUAUGAUGGUGAAUAUGUCAGGGCGUUUCGCUGGCCAGCGGGCGGCUCUGCUGUCCCCUCCUCUGAAGGAGAAUGACACCCACUGUGUCCUGUUCCAAUACUACAUGUCCGGACGCGGAGACGCAGGCAGCAAUGGGGGCCACCUCAAUGUCUAUGUGAAGGAGAAUGGUAGCCCCAUUGGCAUGCCUGUGUGGAACACCUCCUCCAUCCCCCAGCCCUCCUCGCGCACCUGGAUUCAGGUGGAGCUGGCCAUCAGCAUCUACUGGCCCAACUUUUACCAGAUCAUUUUUGAGGUGGUGACGUCUGGAAGAAGAGGCCUCAUCGCUCUGAAGAAUGUAGCCAUCCUGGGACACCAAUGCAUGAACACUCCUCACUUCCAGACCAUCAAAGGGGUGGAGGUGAACGCGGGGCAGACGGCAACGUUUCACUGCACAGUCAACGGCCUUCACAAAGACAACUUCAACCUCUGGCUGCAGGGCACCAAUGGCCGCGAGGCCCCCAUGAAGGCCACCAAGCCGUGGAACAACCGGCGCUUCAUCGGAACGUUCGACGUGGAGAACACAACCACAGGGGAUUCCGGACUCUACCGCUGCCUGGUGCAUUCUGGGACGGGAGCUGGCGUCACCAACUACGGAGAUCUCACCAUCAAACAGCCCCCUGUACCCAUUGCCCCUCCGCAGCUGACAGCAGUGGGGGCCACCUACCUGUGGAUCCAGCUCAACGCCAACUCCAUCAACGGAGACGGGCCCAUCAUCAGCCGACAGGUGGAGUACCGCACGCUGAGUGGCAGCAUGUAUGACCUGCAGCCGGUGGACAAGGCCACCCAUAAGAUCGGACACCUGGACCCCGACACCGAGUACCAGAUCAGCGUGCUCCUCAGCAGACCACUAGAGGGCGGAACUGGGGCCCCCGGACCCCCCCUCAGGGCCAAGACCAAGUGCGCAGAGCCCAUGGCGGGUCCGCGUCGUGUGGAGGUUAUUGAUGUACAGGCGCGUCAGGUGACGGUGCGCUGGGAGCCGUUUGGAUACAACGUGACGCGCUGCCACAGCUACAACCUCACUGUGCAGUACCGCCAACGCUCACCAGGAGGCGCUGAAGAGGGCCAGAGUCGUGAGGAGCUGUGUCUGGGCUCCACUACUCCGCAGCACACCAUCCACAACCUGACGCCCUUCUCCAACCUCAGCCUGAGGCUCCUGCUGCGGAACCCGGAGGGCAGCAAGGAGAGCAACGAGAUACACGUGCAGACCGAGGAGGACGUCCCUGGUGCGGUGCCUCUGGACUCCAUCCAGGCCACCGUACACGAGGAGAAGAUCCACCUGAAAUGGAAGGAGCCACUGCAGACAUAUGGAGUCAUCACUCAGUACGAGGUCACCUACAAGGCAGUGAGCUCCUUCGACAUGGCCUUGGAUCUGACCAAUCAGAGCGGCCGGGUGGUGAAACUGGCCAAUGAGACGACGGCAGUGUUCCUUGGCCUCUUCCCUGGCACCACCUACUCCUUCACCCUCAGAGGCAGCACCCAGAGAGGAUACGGACCCCCCUCCAUCACACAGGCCACCACACGCAUAUCAGCUCCCUCUAUGCCUGCUUAUGAUCAAGAGAUGUCCAUCAACCAGACUGACAGCACAGUGACGGUUCUUCUAAAGCCAGCCAAGAGCAGAGGAGCUCCUAUCAGUCUGUACCAGGUGGUGGUGGAGGAGGAGCGUCCUCGGCGUGCGCGGCGUGCCACGGGGGGGUCGGCGGCGGCCGCAAUGGCGUCGGCCGAGAUCCUGCGCUGCUACCCGCUGCCCGUCCACUUCCUCAACGCCAGCCAGCCCGCUGUCAUGGGCAUGGCCAAUGGCUGGAGAUACUACUACGCCGCACAGUUUCCUGCCAGCCGACUGCAGCAGGGGCCGCUCUCCUUCACGGUGGGCGACAACCAGACAUACGGCGGCUUCUGGAACGCACCCUUGCUGCCACAUAAGAGCUACAGCGUCUACUACCAGGCUGUCAGCACCGCCAACGGGGAGACUAAAAUAGACUGUGUGCGGGUCGCCACUAAAGCUGCUAUACUGCUGACUCAGUUGACGACUCCGUACCUACGAGUGGCUCCAGCUGCCGCCGGCGACAACCAGCUGACAGGUGCCGCCACCCAUAAGCCAGACGCGGUGGAGCCAGAGAAGCAGACAGACCACACAGUGAAGAUUGCUGGGGUCAUCGCCGGGGUACUGCUCUUCGUCAUCAUCUUCCUUGGGGUGGUGCUGCUCAUGAAGAAAAGAAGACACUAUCAGUCCUACACUUACUACCUGAAACUGGCUAAGAAGCGCAAAGAGACGCUGAGCAGCACGAGGCAGGAGAUGACAGUGAUGGUCAACUCCAUGGACAAGAGCUACACGGAGCAGGGCACCAACUGCGACGAGGCCCUCUCCUUCAUGGACACGCACACACUCAACACCAACGCCGCCAGGAGUGCAUCCUCCCCCUCCUCUUUCACCCUGAAGAGUAGCACCCUCAAGAGCAAAAGCCUCACCAGCUCUUACUACCCAGAUCCAUUUGUGCCGACAGCCAUAUUAGACGAGGGCCAGACCAUGGGCAGUGACACGAGCAGCCUGGUGCAGUCCCACUCCCACUCCCUCACACACACCUUCAAGAAGCAGCGGGAGCGCGAACGGGAGCGGGAGCGAGGAGGAGAGCGGGAGGGGGCGGGGCCUGUGGAGGGCGUGGCCUACCAGACGGGUCAGCUCCACCCCGCCAUCCGUGUGGCCGACCUGCUGCAGCACAUCACCCAGAUGAAGCGCUCGGAGGGAUAUGGCUUCAAGGAGGAGUACGAGAGUUUUUUUGAAGGACAGGCCGCACCAUGGGACUCAGCCAAGAAGGAGGAGAACAGAAUGAAGAACCGCUACGGGAACAUCAUAGCAUAUGAUCAUUCCAGAGUUCGCCUGCAGGCUGUGGACGGGGAGAAGAGUUCUGAUUAUAUUAAUGCAAAUUACGUUGAUGGUUACCACAGGCCUAACCAUUACAUCGCCACACAAGGUCCAAUGCAGGAGACAGUGAUUGACUUCUGGAAGAUGGUGUGGCAAGAGAACACAGCUACCAUCGUCAUGGUCACCAACCUAGUUGAAGUUGGCAGGGUAAAGUGCUGUAAGUACUGGCCGGAUGACACUGAGGUCUACAGAGACAUGAAGGUCACUCUCAUCGAGACACAGCUCCUGUCUGAGUAUGUCAUCAGAACCUUCGCUGUCGAGAAGCGAGGGGCGCACGAGAUCCGCGAGAUCCGGCAGUUCCACUUCACAGGGUGGCCGGAUCACGGGGUGCCGUACCACGCCACCGGGCUCCUGGGGUUCGUACGCAGGGUCAAGGCCCUCAACCCAGCCAGCACCGCCGGACCCAUGGUGGUACACUGCAGUGCGGGGGCGGGCCGAACAGGCUGUUUCAUCGUGAUUGACAUCAUGCUGGACAUGGCAGAGAGGGAGGGAGUCGUGGACAUCUACAACUGUGUGAGAGAGCUGCGUUCACGACGCGUCAACAUGGUGCAGACAGAGGAGCAGUACGUGUUUAUCCAUGACGCCAUAUUGGAGGCGUGUCUUUGCGGUGACACCACCAUCCCAGCCAAUCAGCUGCGGUCUAUCUACUAUGAAAUGAACAGAUUGGACCCCCAGACCAACUCCAGCCAGAUCAAGGAGGAGUUCAGGACGUUGAACAUGGUGACUCCCACGUUGCGCGUAGAGGACUGCAGCAUCGCGCUGUUGCCACGCAACCACGAGAAGAACCGCUGCAUGGACGUCUUGCCUCCGGACCGCUGCCUGCCGUUCCUCAUCACCAUCGACGGGGAGUCCAGCAACUACAUCAACGCAGCCCUUAUGGACAGCUACAAGCAGCCAUCCGCCUUCAUCGUUACCCAGCAUCCCUUGCCCAACACGGUCAAGGACUUCUGGCGGCUGGUACUCGACUACCACUGCACAUCCAUUGUCAUGCUCAAUGAUGUUGACCCAGCACAGCUGUGUCCUCAGUACUGGCCUGAGAACGGUGUGCACCGCCACGGCCCCCUACAGGUCGAGUUUGUCAGUGCAGAUCUGGAGGAGGAUGUCAUCAGCAGGAUAUUCCGCAUCUAUAACGCGGCACGGCCUCAAGAUGGCUAUCGGAUGGUGCAGCAGUUCCAGUUCCUGGGUUGGCCAAUGUACCGAGACACCCCCGUCUCCAAACGCUCCAUACUAAAACUCAUACACCAGGUGGACAAGUGGCAAGAGGAAUACGAUGGAGCAGAGGGACGCACCGUAGUACACUGCCUUAACGGCGGUGGCCGCAGUGGGACAUACUGUGCCAUCAGCAUCGUGAGCGAGACGCUGCGCCACCAGCGCUCCGUAGACGUAUUCAACGCCGUCAAGACGCUACGCAACAACAAGCCCAACAUGGUGGACAUGCUGGACCAGUACAAGUUCUGCUAUGAAGUGGCUCUGGAAUACCUGAACUCUGGAUGAUAAGGGCCUGAGCGUGUGUGUGUGUGCGUG